CUACCAAUGUUAGUAUAUAGUAUAUAUGAUUGUACUUAGGACAAUCUCUCAAGGUGCAGUUUAACACCUUGUCAUAAUUUUCUCACUGUUUGUUGUGCAUGUAAUUGGUCCUUGGUAGAAAAAGUUGAGGACCAGUGAUUGACAGAAUUCACUGACCAUAUAUAUAUUCCUUUGGCAUAAAUGUUCAUAAAUCAAUGUGACCUGUUGCAUGUUUAGUCAUUUAAAUACAAAUAAUUUAAAAAGGGUAUAAAUAUAUAAUAAGAGGAAAAUAAUAAAUUUAUGCCAAAGUAUGUUUUUGUACAUUUUAAAAAGAUUUUCUUUUUUUCUUUUUUUUUUACCCUGGAAAUUGGUCCAUUUUACCUGCACUUCCUGAACAGGAGGGUUUAAUGAAAAUGAAAUAGACUUUUGUGUAUGAUUUUUAAACUUGAAAUCGGGUCAAUCUGACCCGCAAUAUAACAGGACAGGUCACUAAGUAAAAUAAUGUAUUGUUUUGCAUUGUGUACCACUAAAUUGCCUGAAUAGUGUUUUGAUCAUUUUUAUCAUUUCAUUCAGCGACAAGUUUUUAAAUGUACAUGAAGGGGUCCUUGGUUUUCGACGCAAUUCUAUUUUUGUAGGUGAUGACGUAACCCGAAUUUGUACGUACGUCCUAACCGUUGUAAACCGAGGACUCCCUGCAUUCAGUAGUGACGCGUUGUAGCGCGCCUAAUGUGUUCGGCCGCGACAUGCAAUGUGACGACUUGCCACCAAGAGGCGCCAGUGUACUCACCACUUGCCUCUGUCAACGGAUGUCCCUUUAAAUGUCCCAACGGAAUAAACAGCAGCAAAAACCUUCUUAAAACUACCCCGUCGACUCCAGGCGGUUGGGAUGACACCGACGCCUGGGAGAAGGUGUGAAAACAUGGACCGUUUGAGUGACAACCUUCGCGAAGAAACGAAUGGCAUAAAAGACAACGAUGCAGACUGCCAGGAGGAUGAGCCUCUGCUCCGAGAGAACCCCCGACGCUUCGUCAUCUUCCCCAUCCAGUACCCCGAAGUUUGGAAGAUGUACAAGCAGGCCCAGGCGUCCUUCUGGACGGUGGAAGAGGUGGAUCUCACAAAAGACCUGCCGCACUGGGACCGACUCAAACCCGACGAGAAGCAUUUCAUCUCGCACGUCCUGGCCUUCUUUGCUGCCAGCGACGGCAUCGUGAACGAGAACCUGGUACAGAGGUUCUGUCAGGAGGUUCAGGUCCCCGAGGUGCGAUCCUUCUACAGCUUCCAGAUCCUGAUGGAGACGGUGCACUCGGAGAUGUACAGCAUGCUCAUCAACACCUACAUACGGGACCUGAAGGAAAGGGACUAUCUCUUUAACGCCAUCCAAACGCUACCGUGCGUGAGGCGCAAGGCCGACUGGGCGCUCCAGUGGAUCAACGACAGCCAGUCCACAUUUGCCGAGCGACUGGUGGCCUUCGUGGCGGUGGAGGGCAUCUUUUUCUCCGGCUCCUUCGCCGCCAUCUACUGGUUGAAAAAAAGAGGCCUCAUGCCCGGCCUCACCUACUCCAACGAGCUCAUCAGCCGCGACGAGGGAUUGCACUGCAACUUUGCCUGUCUGCUGUACAGUUACCUGUUGAAGAAGCCCUCAGAGGACCGGGUGAAGGACAUCAUUACCAAGGCCGUUAGCAUCGAGCAGGAGUUUUUGACCGAGGCCUUACCGGUGGAUCUGAUCGGAAUUAACUCUUCCCUGAUGAAGCAAUACAUCGAGUUUGUGGCUGACCGCCUCCUCACUGACUUGGGACUAGCCAAGGUUUACAUGUCUGAGAAUCCGUUCGACUUCAUGGAGUCCAUUUCGCUGGAGGGGAAGACCAAUUUCUUCGAGAAGCGAGUGGGAGAGUACCAGAGAUUCGGAGUCAUGGCCAGCAUGACUGACUGCAAGUUCACUCUGGAUGCUGAUUUCUGAAGUUACGGUGUUGUUUUAAAAAUAUAUAUAUAAAUUUUAUUCAUGCAUUCAGGCUCACAAAUACCAAAAAAACCAAACCAUCAGCAUUUUAUAGUACUGUAUACAGUCAGUAAUACCAUUUAGUACAUUCAUCUACAGGGACUUACAUUUCCACCCAUUUUAGCAAAACUAUAACAAAUAUGUCAUUCUUGUAUGACCAUCCAUCCAUUUCCGCUAACCUGUUUUUGGAAUGUGUCGCACAAAUCCCACGCAAUCCCCGUGCUUGUGUGAGAUUUCUGCGGGUACUACGUCCAACAUGCAAACACCACAUAGGAAAGCUGGAUGUGGGAUUUGCACCUCCAACCGAAGAACUUUCUUUUAAAAAAUGGCUUUAGGGUUUUGUACCCGUAUAAAGAGUGUAUUUUAUAGCAUCAACAGUCGUGUUUUCAUUGUUGAUGCAAACUAAAAAUCUUCCGUAAAAUGGAAUCCUUGUCUGUACUUUAAUUGACUCUAUAACAAUUAUAUUACGACCAAAAUAUUUUUUAAUUAUAUAAAUUAUUUUGCAGUAUAACAUACUGUUGAUAUAACACUCCCAUGUAUUGCUACAUAAACAGUUAUUUAAAUAUAAAAUGUAUUUGUAUGUUUGUUUGUUUCACAAGCUCUGAGAUAUUUCCAUUAAAUAAAUCAGGUUCCAUGAUA